UUAAGAAGAAGUUCAAGAAACAGAGUGCAUAAAAGGUACAACAAGAAACAUGGACCCACGAGCCUUGUCCUUCUCCGUUCUCGUCAUCCUCAUUGCAGCGUCGACUUUGGCCAAUGGUUACUCUCCUCCGCCUCCAACCACCGCAUACCCCGCCGUGAAAACUGUGGAAGCGGCGGUGGAAGGAAUGGUGUAUUGCCAAACCUGCGACAAAUACGGAUCAUGGUCGUUGGCCGGAGCAGAAGCCAUAGCCGGAGCUAAAAUCAGCAUCAUUUGCAAGAACCACAAGCAACAAGUGAGCUUCUACAAAGUCUUUCAGACUGAUUCCUACGGCCAUUUCUACGGUGAGCUCAAAGGUUUGAAAAUGACUCCACAUUUCUUGGACCAUCCUCUUCACGCUUGCCGUGCCAAGCUCGUUUCGUCUCCUCGUGAAGACUGCAAUCUCUUCUCCAACAUUAACAAUGCUCUCGAUGGUGCUUCGCUCCGGUAUGAAGAGAAGAGGCUCAAGUGGACGAACUACGAGGCUGUGAUUUACGCCGCUGGUCCAUUGGCCUUCCGUCCAGACCAUUGCCCCGCGACUGCACCGCCUGCUUACUGAUUCGGGUUUAUGUUUUUGAAGAUCAUUGUAUACUAAAUAUAUAAGAAAAUGUUAUUGAGUUGGUUCGUCUCUUUUUCUUUUGGUUUUGUCAAUUGUUUGUAACAUGAGUUCCGUGUUGAGUAAUAUUGUUAUGGGACUCUUCUGA